GCAGAGAACUACACAAGGAGGAAGUCGUUGAACCGACACAUCUGAAAUAUGGGUUCAUCACAUCAAUCUCCGAUUGACAUCCGUACUAGGAAUGUCGGCUAUGAUUCCCUUCUAAAACCUCUGAAAUUCCACUAUGAUCCCAAAACAUCUAAAAGGAUUUUUAAUACUGGGCAUUGCUUUAAUGUGGAGUUUGAUGACCAAAAAGAUAUCUCAUUACUCAGUGGUGGACCAUUAACUGGGCAUUAUCGAUUAUGCCAGUUCCAUUUUCACUGGGGGUUAUCAGACAGCGAGGGCUCUGAGCACACUAUAGAUGGAAAGGCAUUCCCUGCUGAGUUACACAUCGUCCAUUGGAACUCACAAAAGUAUAGGAACUUCAGUGAAGCUAAAGACCACCCUGACGGUUUGUCUGUUGUAGGCAUUUUAUUAAAGCUUGGUGAAAAAAACCCAGCGCUGCAAGCCAUAGUUGAAAAUUUGGAUAAAGUGAAAACAAAGGGUAAAGAAUGUAGAUUUACAACAUUUGAUCUUUCAAGUUUGCUACCAAAGGAUCUUAAUUACUGGACCUAUCAUGGAUCAUUAACAACGAAUCCUUGGUCUGAAUGUGUCACCUGGAUUAUCCUGCAGGAGUUUAUAACCAUCACCCCAACGCAACUAGAAAAGUUUCGCAGUCUGCUGAGCACAGAACAGGAUAAUGAUCCGUGCAACAUCUUGGAAAAUCAUCGGGAAAUUCAGGCUCUUCAAGGCAGAGUUGUUAGAUCUUCAUGUGCUGUCAACAAAAAAACUAACAAAAAAAAUACAUAAAAAUAAAAAUAUUAUUUAUUUAUGAAAGCAUGUUGGUUUACCGUUCUAAGCACUAUGUACAUUUCAUUUUCUAACUGAUAAGCUUUAAUAAAAUACAUUUGAAUGGAAAAUAAUAAUAA